AUGAGGGAAUCCUUAAAGAUGUUAUCUAUGGAACAAUUUGUGGGUCGUGAUUUGCCAAAGGACCCUUUCCACCAGCUUCUCUUGGUGACAGAAGUCGCCGCUGAUAUGUACGAAGAGGAGAAAUUAGGUGUUAACAUUAAAACAGAGAGAUCAAUAGGCUCUUCUAAAGGUUCUGCGGCUGCUGACGACGCAGAUGAUUUCGUCUUUCCCAUGCAAAAGGGGAAGCGGAUGAAGAGAAAGAAACGCCUCCAUUAUAAUAUAAUCGAACCCAUAAUAUCCCACGUUUCCGUCUCAUCAUCGUCCCCAUCAGCCUGCAAGGAUCAGAAACAUGGCCCCCUCGUCAACGUUCAACCGAGCCCAACAGAGAAGCCAAAAUGGAUUUUUGAAAAAGGUGAAAGCAGUAGUGCUGCAGGCGAGAUGCCGCCGCUGCCGCAACAACCACCGCCCGCACCCCUUGUUAUUAAUCCCAUAGUCAACCCACCACCGCAAGUAGUAGCAGCACCACCGCAACCAACAGAUGAUCAUCAAAAUGGUGACGAAUUAAUGAUGGUUAUGCCUCAGGAGUUGCAAGAUUACAUUAGGGCGAGCAGCGGCUCUGACGUUGUGUUCAUUAUAGAGAAGCAGUUGUCGGGAACGGAUGUGAGCCCCAGCCACAGCCGGUUAUCCCUUCCCCUCCUCCAACUCAAGGCCGACUUCCUGACGGCAGAGGAGAAGGAGACGUUGUCGGCGAGAAAUUCCAAUGGCAGGCCCGGCGCGAUACAGGUGUCGCUGAUACCGCCUACGCUGCAGCGCAUAGCGGUGAGUUUCAAGCGGUGGGACAUGAGAAAGAAGGCGGGGAAGGUGAGCUCUUCUUACGUCUUGGUGAAGCCAUGGAAUGAGGUGGUUGAAGAGAAUGGAUUGAGGGAAGGAGAUUGGGUACGCCUGUGGUCAUUCCGGUGUGCUUCUCAGCUCUUCCUCGCCCUGGUUGAGGUUCAGCAGCCGCAGCCUUAA